CCUUGUCCUCCCGCCCUCUUGACCCUCGCUGCUCACUUCUCUCAUACCUCUCUACAAUUCUCUGUUUGCGCCUGCUCCGUCUAUCGGCCGCGCCGACUGCCCUUCCCACCCUCUUCCUGGCUUGACGACGCCGCCCUCCACUUGGCGCCCUCACCCGCUCGCCGCCUCGAUGCAGGCGCUGCUCGAGAAGUACACGCACCAGCGCUUCCCCAACCUCGCCGACGAGAGCAAUGCCGCCCAGGCGCGCCUCUCGCUACGGCAUCCGCUGCAGCUGGCCUCGAGCAGCGCCUCUGCGCUCGAUGUGGUGCGCGCCGCGGCCGUGCGCCUCGUCUGCGCCUACGUCGACGGCACCGAAGUGCUCGUGGGCGCCGUGACGGAUGCCGAGGAGACGCGACUGGCGCUGGCAGAGGUGCACGCAGAGGAGGGACAGUCACAGCCUAGCCGCGCCGAUGUGCAGCGCAGCCUGGCCGAGCAGCUUGCCGCCGCCGAGCCUGCCGCCGCAGCCUCGCUGGCGCAGCUCUGCCGCGACGCCGGCUACCAGCUCGCUGAGGGCGAGUCGCCGGCGCUCAUCACGGUCGGUGAUGUGCCGCCAAAGGGGGAGGACUGGUAUCCACGGCAUGGCGUCUCCGUGUUCGUGCCCGACAGCGGCGCAGAGCUGCACCUCAUCGCCGACGCCUCUCAGCUCUCAGAGGGCGCCGCAGAGCAGUUCCUCGAGCAGCUCUCCCGCACGGCCAGCGCAUUCGCCUCGGAGCCUGACGCCUCGUUCCUCGACAAAGACGGCAGUCUGUCGCUCCACUGGCUCGUUUCAGAAGAGGACGAGGCGCUGCGCUCCGCGUACGCUGCGCCGUACGAAGCCGAACGUGCACACCUCGCGACCGAGUGGCUGGCGCGCAACGCCCGCGAACGGCCCGAGGACGUCGCGCACGAGCUCUACGACGAGCCAGACGGCGAGAAGCGCACGCUCACAUGGGCGCAGCUUGAGCGGCAGAGCAACCAGCUGGCGCGCUGGUUGAUACAGCAGGGCGUCGAGAAGGAGAGCCGUGUGGGCAUCUGCCGCGGGCGCGACGAGCACUUCUACAUUGCCAUGGCCGCGACCCUGAAGGCCGGCGGCUGCUAUCUUCCGAUCGAUGCAGACCUGCCGCCAGAGCGCAAGAGCUACAUCGCCAAAGACUCCGAGGCGCUUCUCGUCCUGACGAACGAGGCGCAGGCGGAGCUCUUCGGUAAGCUCGCGCACGACAUGGAUGACAAGGAGCUGCAAGGCAAGAUUGCGCAGGAGAGCGAAGAAGCACUCGAGCCAAUAGCAGACCUGGACGGUCUGGCAUACAUCCUGUACACAUCAGGCACGAGUGGCAACCCGAAAGGCUGCCUGCAGCUCCACCGAGGCGUGUUCUGGGCGAUCGAGGCGAUGGUCACUUGGCCGCGGGAAAUCGUCAAGCCAGAGACUGACAAGCGGCUUGCCAUGGCCGCGGUGGCUUUCGACGUGCACAUCAGCGAGAUUGUCCAGUCGUGGGCGCUCGGCGUCUGCCUUGUCAGCGUCGCCUCCCGCCUCGCGCUGCUGGCGGACCUGCAGGAGAACAUCGAGCGGCUGGGCAUCGCGCAGAUCGGCAUGGUGCCCAGCAUGAUCGAGGCCACACUCACCAAGCAGCCCAACGAGCUGCCGAUCAAGUAUCUCGUCUCUGGCGGCGAGAAGCUGACCGAUGCUGUUUUGGCGAAGUGGGCCGCCCACCCGGACGUGAUCCUGGCCAACUUCUACGGGCCGACAGAGGCCACGAUUGGCUGCACAUCUCGGCGUCUGGAGGGCGUACACGAGCGGAGGGACAACAUUGGCCUGGCAUUCCCAGGCUGCGGCGCCUACGUCGCCGAUGCGAACCUCAACAUUGUCCCGCGUGCCCACCCGGGCGAGCUGAUUGUGGAGGGGCCGCUCGUUGGUCGGGGCUAUCUCAAUCUGCCAGACGUCACGAAGAAGGCGUUCAUCGCCUGGCCCACGCCCGGAUCGCGCGCAUAUCGCACGGGCGACCUCGUGCGGAUGAAUCACGACGGCACGAUCAGCAUCUCUGGGCGCAUCGACUCGCAGGUCAAACUACGCGGCGUGCGCAUCGAGAGCGAGGGCGUCAGCGCCGUGGUGCGCGACGCCGCCGACGAGCAGCCGCUCGACGCAGUCACCGUCGUGACGACGCACGAGGCCGCAGGCGGCUCUGACCUGCUGGUCACCUUUGUCGCGCCGAACGACGAUGCGAUCUCGGCCAAUGAUCGCCGCGCUGCCCCGGCGCUCGCGCGGCUGUCGCCAGGACUGAUGGAGACGCUGCGCGAUGCCACCGAGCAAGGGCUGGCCUCGUACAUGCGGCCGUCGCACAUCAUCCCGACCGAGUUUCUUCCGCUGUCGCACAACGGCAAGAUCGAUGCCAAGCCGCUCAUUGCUUUGUUCAAGGAGACGGACAUGGACAAGCUCAUGGAGCUGCAAGAGGAGGAUGGCGAUGGCGGCGCGAAAGGCGACCAGGCAGCGGACGAGCGCGAGCCCACCGAGCUCGAAGCGAAGCUCAUCGCGAUGAUCGAGCAGCUCACACAGGCGCGUCAUGGCUCGUUCUCACCGAGCCGCAAGCUUCUCGAAACUGGCCUCAGCUCGCUCAACUUCGCCGUGCUGACGACGCGGAUACGCAACGAGCUCGGCGCGCGCUUCUCGGUGGCGCAGCUGAUGAGCAUCGGACGCAUCGCCGACUGCGCUGCCGCAAUCGAAGGACACAGCGAAGGCAGCAGCCGCUCAAACGACGAGGCGGCUGCGGCAGUUGCGGCUUUCGCAGACGAGCACCGCUCGGACGUGGAGGCCGUCUUCAAGGCGGACGAUGUGGAGCGCAUCCUGCCUCCGCUGCCUGUGCAGCCGGGCGUGCUCUUCCAGAUCACGCAGGACCCGUCGCGCUACGUGCAGCACUUCCUGUACGAGCUGCAGGACGGUAUCACUCGCGAGCAGCUCACAGAUGCCUGGACGCAAGCUGUGGCACGGCACGAAAUCCUUCGCACCGGCUUCCUGCAGACCGACCGGGCACUCGCGCAGGUCGUUCUUCAUUCAAAUGCUGCAGAGCUGCCGCUCUUCGAUGCAGAUGCCGACGUUCAAGACAGCCAAGGCUUCUUGAAGUUCUUCGAAGGCAGAGCCGAAAGCGUCGCCAAGAGCAUCAACGACGACAUCAGCUCGCCGUGCUGGCAGUUGACGCUGUGUGGGACUGAGAGGAGCAAGCCUCGGUUCAUGGCCGUCUCGCUGAAUCACGCGGUGUACGACGCAUUCGCCGUGCGCGCCCUCAUGACCGAUCUCGAUCGGCUUCUAGGCUCGAGCGAAGAGCUGCCGAGCGCAGUGGCACUUACAGACAUCCUCUCUUCGAUCGCGGAGACGUCGGAGGCGGAGCACAAGAAGUACUGGCAGGAUGCCCUUGCACCCGCAGUGGAGCGUCAGGAAUCAGCGCCGUCGCGGCGGCCAAAGGCCGGAGCCAAGUCUGAGCGCUCAACGCACGGCCUUGCUGCCUCUCUGAGCGACGUGCAGAGCCGAUGCAGCGAGCUCGGCAUCACGCUUCAGUCCUUCUUCUACGCCGCCUUUGCGCUUGCUGGACGCUCGGCCUUCGGAUGGUCACAAGAUGCAGUGUUCGGAACGGUGCGCAGCGGACGCAACCUCGCCGUCGACGGCAUCGAGAACGCUGUCUGCCCGCUUGUCACUCUCGUGCCGAUGCACGUCGACCUGGCACAGGGCGAUGCAGACAGCUUCCUGUCAGGUGCCCACGACAGCCUCGUCGCCUCGCUGCCACACGAGCAUUCUUCUCUCGGCCAGGUACAGGGCUGGCUGGGCGUCAAGAGCCUGUUCGACGUGCUGUUCUCCUGCAGACACGAGCAAGACGCGUCGGGCUACAGCUCAUUCAAGCAUCUGGAGGGCUCUCCGCCUGCGCCGGAGUUCAUUCUCGCAAUCGAGAUGCUCUUCGUCGAGAAGUCGGACUCAAUUGAGGCUCGAGCUGCCCGGACUUCCGAGCUGGACUCGGCGGUGUCAACGGAGCUGCUCAACUCGCUGGACAGCGUCGUGACUGCACUGCUCGCGGGCGAUGAUGGGCAGCUGAAGCUCCGAGGCCGACCCGAGAACAGCGCCAACAGCAGGCCGAAGCUGCGCCGUCGCGGCAAGGCGCGUGACGAGGGCCCGGAGCCUUCCGCUGAGACACUCAAGUCUGUCACCAGCAUCGUCGCCGAUUUCCUCCAGCAACCGGCCAGCAGCGUUACGGCUGGAGCUUCGCUCGUGUCGCUGGGCCUCACAUCCCUGCGUGCUGUCGCUCUCUCGCGGGCUCUACAGAAGAAGGGCCUGUCGGUGGACCCAGUCGACAUCAUUCAGGGCGACAGCACGCGUGCAGUCGCCCAGAAGAUCGACGCUCAAGGACAGAGCAGCAACGGCGACUCAUCCGACGCUUCAGCUGACGACGGCGAGACAAAGCUCGCCGAGGAGCUCGGAGGUCUGCCCAAGCUGGCACUUGACGAUGCAGACAAGCCCGAGCUCGCACUGUGCACGCCGCUGCAAGCCGGCAUGCUGUCACAGACGCUUGCCUCGGAGGGCACGCUCUACGUGCACGCCUUCCCGCUGCGUCUUCGGCGCGCUGCGGAUGCUGAACAGCUGCGCAGCGCGUGGGACCAGGCGCUGGGCGCAUUCGACAUCUUGCGGACGUCGUUUCACUUCGCCGAAUCGUCAGGUCGAUGGGCACAGGUCGUCCACAGCGCAUUUGCACUGCCCUGGAAAACUAUCCAGACUGAGGAUGCGCCUGCCGAUCUCGCCAAGCAAGCGGUCAGCAGCCUAUCGCUAGGCAGCGAGGGCGGCUUGAGCAAGCCCCCGUGGUGCUUGCUCGAGGCGCACGGCCAGGAUGCGACUCAUCUCGUGGUGGCGAUGCACCACGCCAUGUAUGACGGAGUGUCGUUCGCGAACCUCCUUGGACACGUCGCUCGCAUCUUCGCCGGCGACGAGGCUCCGAAGCUGCCGGCCUUCAUCCCGCUGGCACGCCGCAUCGUGCGUGAGGAGAAGCGAGCCACCGAGCACUGGACCGAGCGGAUGCGCGGCUCUAGCACGCGCUUCCUCCCCGAGCGUGACGCCAGCCGAUCUGACUCGACGGCUGCCUGGCGCGCCUCCAUUGACUUCUCUGCCGACGAGGGCGAGCAGCUGCGGCGCGUGGCCAGACGCUACCAGGUCACGCCGCAAAGCAUCGGCCAGCUCGCUCUCGCGCAGCUGCUCGCACGAUACUCUGGUCUCGUAGACAUCAGCUUCUGCCAGGUUGUCUCGGGCCGGACGCUGCCAGACGCUGGCGAGGUGGUCGGCCCUGUUUUCAACACGAUCCCCUGCCGUGUGCAGCUCGACAGCCACCUCAAGGCUCGCGAGGCACUGCGCCGCAUCCAUGCCGACAAUGUCGCGGGUCUCAAGGCGCAGCAUGCCUCUCUGCGCGACAUCCAGAAGGCUCUGCAGCUGCCAGCCAUCUCCGACGUGCUCUUCGUGUUCCAACCGUUUGUUGAGCGCGAUGGCAGCGAGACGGAGCGCCCGUGGAGCGCCGUGCCACGCUCGUCUGACACAGACGAAGGCGCGACGCAGUUCAGCCUGAAUCUGGAGCUGCACGAGCAGCGCGAUGGCUUCGCCGUGUUCUCCAGCUGUGCGGCGGACGUCUUCUCUCGCGAGCAGCUGGAUGAGGCGCUGCAGCUUUACCGACAGGCCGUCGUCGACAUCAUCUCGCAGCCGAACGGCACCGUCGUCACACCGGAGGCUGAGGCCAAGGCCGCCAAGCUCAAGCCUGCUGAGACGAACGAGCAGAGCUCCGAGUCUGGCGACGAGCCCGCGGCAGAGCUCAGCGGGCAGCAGCAGGAGGUCCGCAAGCUCGCCGCACAGAUCCUGCGGGUCGACGUCGACAAGCUCUUGCCUUCGACGAAGCUUGCGUCCGUCGGCCUAGACUCAAUCUCCGCCAUCCAGCUCUCGUCGCGCUGUCGUAAGGCAGGCAUCAAGCUGGCGCCCACGGACAUCGUUCGAGCUCCCACGAUCAAGGAGCUUCUGCGGCUCGUGUCUGGCUCGCCAAAUGGGCACGCGGAAUCGAAGAAGCCGACUUCCACCGGUAUUGUCACGCUAUCCGGAUCUCAGGCCGAAGUUGCGACUUCGCACAUCAGCGAGGUUCUCCGCCGAGGCAGCAAGGUGCUCGUGUCCAGCGCAGGCGUCGAGUAUGCCUUCGCGUGCUGGCAGCGCUCGAACGGCCGCGCCUUCCAGGUCUGCGUGCUGCGGCGCGCCAACGAACGCAUCGAUGUGAAGCAGCUGGAGCAGGCUUGGAGCUCGUUGCUCGAGAAGCACGAGGUGCUGCGCGGUAUCCCGGUGCCUACCAACGAUGCUUCGCAGCCACUCGCUCUUCUGAUCGCCAAAGACGGGCCGACACUCCAGGUUCAGGAGCUCGAGGGCGCAGAUGAGGACGAAGCAGCGACACAGCAGGCUCGCUCGCUGCUCUGCGAGCACAUGCCGGCGAAUGCAGCGCAGUGUCGCCUGCUUCUGCUGCAUGGCAAGAAGCACGACUAUGUCGUCCUCAACAUGGCACACGUUCUCUAUGACGGGUGGUCGCUGCCGCUGCUCCUCGGCGAUCUGGAGGCCAUGUACCAGGGCAAGGAAGCCAGCGCAUCCGCAGACUUUGAGGGCUUCCUCAGCUCGUCCGGCGCAGACGAGGGCGCGCAGGAGAAGUACUGGCGCGAGGCACUGGGGGAGAAGUUCAGCCCGGCACUCUGGCCGACACAGGCUGCCAAGUCCGAAGGUCCGGCCGUGACGCUCUUCGACAUCGAGGUGCGGAGCGAGCUGACGGCCGAUGAUGUACGCUCCUGUGCCCGCGACAUUGGCGUCUCGUCGUCGUCGCUGGUGCUCGGAGCGUGGGCCUUGGUGCAAGCCAAGCGCUGCGAUUCCGCGGCGACAUUCGGCAUCAUCCAGACAGGCCGCGGCUCGGAGGAGCUGGCCAACCUGGCGGCACCGUGUCUCAACGUCGCGCCGCUGCACGUCCGCCUGCAGGGCAGCCAGGACGAACAGGCGGAGCUCGCGCGCGUCGCCGGCAAGUUGCAGUCGGAGCUGCUGGGACGUCCGCGCGAGGUCGAGCAGAGCCGCAUCAGCCGCAUCGCAGAGUGGACGGGCCGCAAGGGACAGCCGCUCGUUAACGUCACGAUCAACCUGCUCUUUGCGACGCAGGGCCGCAACGACGACGAGGCGCCCGAGCCGAAGAAGGAUGCGCUCUGGCAGCGCAUGCCCGUCAAGCACCGCCUGUCGCAGGAGGAGCAGAGUGCGCCCGUGACAGCGGCGGAUGUCCACCUCGGCGAGCCUCCGGCGCUAAUGUUCCCAGAGCUGCAGGUGGAUCUCGACGUGGUGGUCGCCACUUCCGCUGAGAGCGGCAAGCUGAUCUUCGUCGCCGAGUGCGCGCGGGAGCUGGUCGACGAGGCCGACGCGCGAGCCGCGCUUGGCGAAUGGGCCGAGCUCCUGGCCUCCGCCGUGCGUGCCAAGCGGUCGUGAGCAGGCAACAGAUGGGAGCAGGUCACCAAGCACAUAGAUGAAGCGACGAGAAACGAACUGCAAUGCCGUGGCUAAUGACAUGCCUUGAGAGU